UAAGGAAGUUAAAAAAAAUUAAGUUUCAGUUAAUCGCAAAAACAAUAAUCUCGCGUGCAAUAUUUGCUGAAGUUAGCAAAGUAGCCGACGAAGUAUAUAGUAACUUUAAAGUAUAUACACCUAAAUCACUGCGUGAAAAACCAGAAGCAACUCCUGUUAAUGUUUUUAUCAAUAGAAAAUGAAAAUUAAAAACUUUAAAUACUCAAAAUCAAAUUAUGAAAACAUUGACGAAGAUAAGAAGCUUAAUGAGUCAACGAAUAAAAAAAUGGACAUUGAUGAAAUAAUGAGACAAAUCGGAGAAUUCGGACGAAGCCAGUUUCUUUCUUUAGUUAUAUUAUGUUUAAUAAUGAUUCCUGCUUCAUAUCAAACUUAUCUCAUUACGUUUGUUGGAAUAAAUCCUCCGUGGACCUGCAACCUUGGAAGCGUUGAAUGCAACAAAACUGGAGUCUUUUUUGCAAACCAUGAGUUUUAUAACAAAAGAUGCUCCAUGAAAAGAGAAUCUUGGAAAUUUAUAAAAAAAAAACAGUUUUCUAUAGUUACAGAGUGGGAUUUAGUUUGCGAAAAGCUAGCUGCUACUUAUACGGUUUUUACUGUUAUUCAAGUUGGCGACAUUAUUGGUUCAAUUGCUUUUGGCGUUGCAUCAGACAAAUAUGGUCGAAAAAACAUUUUAUUUUUAACUUGGUUUGGUUAUCUAUUUAUUUCUUUUGCGGCAGCUUUUGUUAACAACAUAUGGGUUUUUGUCACCAUUCAGUUUAUAAAUGGCAUUUUUAAAGGUGGUGUGUUUGUAAUCUUGUUUGUUUUGAUAAAUGAGUUACUUGGCCCAAAAUACAAAAUUUACUCUCAUUUUCUCUGGUGUGCCUAUACACUUGGGCUAUGUUUGCUACCAGUUCAAGCAUGGCUUAUACAAAAUUGGCGCAUAUUUAUAAUUUUGGUUUCUGCCCCAUAUCUAAUAUUGGUAGUUAGCUACAAAUUUGUCCCUGAGUCUGUGGUUUGGCUUCAUUCUAAGAAACGAAAGAAUUCAGCGGAGAAAAUUCUUUUUGAUAUAGCAAAAUUUAAUAAAAAAGCGUGUUUUGAAAUUAAACUUUCAAGUUGUUCUAUUGAUCCUGAUGAAGACAAGAAAACGUCAUUAAAAUAUGUAUUUACUCCAUGGACUGUUUGUUUAUCUACUACAUUGCAGGUUCUUAUUUGGUUUAGCAUUGGACUCGCAUAUAGUGGCAUCACACUUUCAUCAGAAAAUCUCAGUGGAAAUUUAUACAGAGAUUUCACUAUAGUGAGUGGCAUUGAUAUCCCUGCAGGUCUAAUAGUGAUAUUUCUAUCAAAUAGAUUAGGUUGUAGGCGCACAACAUUGUUGGCAAAUGUGUUUGGGGGACUUACCAUUAUGGUUUUAGCAUUUGUUCCUGAAAUCAAAAAAUUUUCACUUCUUCGGAUUUUCUUGGGAGUUAUGGGAAAGUUUUUAGUUUCUUUAUCCAGUAUUGUUGUUUAUGCUUGGUCAUCUGAAAUUUAUCCAACAGCGAUCAGAUCACAAGGUAUUGGUGUUUGUUCUGCAUCAUAUGUUGUAGGUUCUGCAUCAGCUCCAUGGAUAGGUCAAUUUUUGGGCUAUAUCAAUCAUAUCCUGCCAUACUUUAUUAUAGGUGCUUCAUUAUUAAUAUCAGGUGUUUUUUGCUAUUUUCUACCUGAAGGUAACAGAAAAUCAAUAGUUCAGCCAUUAAAAAAUGACGACUUAAUAUUAUGACUCACAUGGAACCACUCAAAUCGAUACCUUUUCGCUAUUUAAAAAAUCAUUGAAAGACAAGUGAAGCAAUUUUUAGUGAUUUUUGUUGACAGACAUUUUCAAACUGUUAUUUCUUUUGUAAAGCAAUAGCAUUUUAUUUUUUAUAAAAAAGUAAAUAUAUUUUAUAGAAAACUUAUAAUAA